GUUUCUUCGUUGAAAACUUCGACAUGAUAUAGUAGUAGUUUAUUAUUCGUGACUAUCAAACAAACACUAGUUUAGUUUCUUUCCUCACAAUUGCUGAGAAAAAGAAGAAAAAGGAAAAUGGAUGGAAUAGAACACAGAACAGUGGAAGUGAAUGGCAUCAAAAUGCAUAUCGCUGAGAAAGGCAAGGAAGGACCAGUUGUCUUGUUCCUUCACGGUUUCCCUGAACUCUGGUACUCAUGGCGCCACCAGAUUGCUGCUCUCGGUUCCCUCGGUUACCGCGCCGUGGCACCGGAUCUCCGCGGUUACGGCGAUACCGAAGCUCCCGCUUCAAUAAGUAGCUACACAGGUUUUCAUAUGGUAGGUGACAUCGUAGCUCUCAUCGACUCACUCGGUGUUGAACAGGUAUUCCUUGUUGCUCAUGAUUGGGGUGCUCUCAUUGGAUGGUAUUUAUGCAUGUUUCGACCUGAAAGAAUCAAAGCCUAUGUUUGUCUCAGUGUUCCCUUUGUCCGUAGAAAUCCUAAAAUCAAAACCAUUGAUGGUAGGCGUGCUGCUUAUGGAGAUGAUUAUUAUAUCUGCAGAUUUCAGGAACCUGGCAAAAUGGAAGCUGAGAUGGCUGAAGUUGGCACUGCAUAUGUGCUGAAAAAUAUCCUCACAACAAGGAAAACUGGUCCUCCGAUCCUUCCAAAGGGAGAAUUUGGAACUGGAUUCAACCCAGAUACACCUGACACUUUACCCUCUUGGCUCACUGAAGACGAUCUUGCUUAUUACGUCUCCAAAUUUGAGAAAACGGGCUUCACCGGAGGAUUGAACUACUAUAGAAACUUUAACUUAAAUUGGGAGCUCACAGCACCAUGGAGUGGAGUCAAAAUCAAGGUGCCUGUGAAAUUCAUUACAGGUGAAUUAGACAUAGUUUACACCACACCUGGCAUGAAGGAGUAUGUCCAUGGUGGAGGAUUCAAGGAAGACGUGCCCAAUUUGGAGGAAGUGAUUGUGCAAAAAGGUGUGGCUCACUUUAAUAAUCAAGAAGCAGCAGAGGAAAUUAGCAAUCACAUUUACGAAUUCAUCAAGAAGUUCUGAGCUGAUCCGCCUGUACUCUGUCCUCUUAAUAACAUGCCUGGAAUUAGUCUCAGCAAUGAGAAAUUUUACAUUUCUUAGAAAUACCAGAAGAACUCAAAAAUACCCUGUGGAUUCUUCUUUAUACCCCAUAAAACACUUCCUCUUCUCUAUCAAUUUUUUUAAUUAUGGGUUGAAAAUUUUUAGGUUCUAGAAUUCGAACUUGCAAAACACCUAGUCAACAUAUUCAGAUUAUAUUUGAAAA